AUGGAUCGGCCCGAGCCGGGCCAGUCGGAAAAGCUCACCGACAUCGGCACUCGACGUAUUUUCUCCGAUGAGCACGAUCUUUUUCGAAAGAAUGUGCGCCGUUUCUUCCAAGAGGAGGUCAUGCCCUAUCACGACCAGUGGGAGAUCGAUGGACAAGUAAGCCGUGAGGUGUGGGAGAAGGCGGGUGAAGCUGGACUGUUGGGAGUGAGUACACCUGCAGAGGAGGGAGGCAUUGGCAGUGAUAUCCUCACAAGCUCUAUCGUGUGGGAUGAGCAGGGGUAUUCUGGCGCAUCAGGCCCAGGAUGGGCCUUGCACUCAGACAUUGUGAUGCCCUAUAUAUGUCACUACGGAACUACCGAGCAGAAAGAGAAGUUCCUGCCUGCCAUGACAGCUGGAAAGAAAAUAGGAGCUAUUGCCAUGACAGAACCUGGAGCAGGCAGUGAUCUUCAAGGCAUUAAAACCAAUGCCAAAAAAGAUGGAGAUGGCUGGAUUCUUAAUGGAAGCAAAGUCUUCAUUACCAAUGGUCACAUGGCAGACGUUGUUAUUGUCGUAGCAGUAACAGACCCAACGGCCAAGAGUGCGGCCCGUGGUAUCAGCUUGUUUCUGGUGGAGGAGGGUAUGGAAGGGUUCAAGAAGGGCAAGAAACUGAAGAAACUUGGCUUGAAAGCACAGGUGCGGUUUCCGUCUUGGCAAUGA